AUGACUGGCGACAAGAGGCGGGCGCACCAGAAGAGCCGGCUAGGAUGCAAGAGCUGCAAAGGCAGAAAGAUCAAAUGCGAUGAGACGAAGCCUGCCUGCUUGAACUGUAUAAAACGCAAUGUAGAGUGCGAUUUUCUCAGCGUUGAGACUGCCUCGUCACCGGCCGGUCUGAACAUGACAGAUUUGGAGUUGUUACACAACUUCACGACAGUCACAUACGCCACCUUGUCAGAAAAUCAAGCUCUCCGAGAAUUCUAUAGGAUAUCUGUUGUACAGAUGGGACGUAUCGCCAGAUACGGCACCUAUGCUCUUCUUGUUUUCUGUCUUGACAACGUACGAUACCUUAGGAUGGCCCCGAAAAUCUGA